UCAUACAUCUUUAGAGAUUCCCGUCAAAAACACCUGUCCUGCCCCCCCAUUAACAUUUAUUCAGCUUGCUACAAGUGGACAUUGGCACUCACUUCAUGCUUUAUACACACCAGCUGCUAACAUCUCGUCCUAUCCGGGGAUGCAGCGUCACUGGGCCAAACCUACCGGACUUCAUUCCUGAAGUCACAUCAGAACAGUCGCAUGGCGUGGCGCAAUCCAACAAAAGCACAGUUGAAUACCUGUUUGGCUCCAAAGAUAGCUGCAUUACGCAUGUAGGGCCCUACAUUUGUUCCUGCUCAAAGCCGGAGCAGUCGACUUCAUAACAGUAGGAUGGUGCUGUGGCACCAUGGUCACCUUACGUUAAAGGACAACGUUUGAUAUCUGUGGAAAUCAGAACACAACAGUUCAUUCAGCGAUCUUUACUGAGUCAUCUUUACCAAUGUGUGUUAAAAGAGGAAAGACAACCAGACAGAGGAAAUCUUCUUGACAUCGGUAACCUUGACUUGUUCUCAAGACCAACCAUGAGGGACAGACUGAGCAACCUGCAGGAAGUUUCCAACAGCCAUGUGGAGCAGAUGGAGUAUGCAGAGUCCACUGUCUCCGACACCUUCAGCAACAUUGACCUGGAGAUGGAGUUGCCCCAUGAGGCAGUGGUGUUCGAGGACAACAGCCCAGCUCUGGAGGAUGUCUUUUCCCAGUCGCAGGAUAUCCACAGAGAGAUCCAGCUCAUCCGUGUGGAGAUUAAAAGGCUUCGUGAGCAGAACUCUCGCAUGAUGGGUGUCACCACCAUGAGCACUAUCAAAAGGGACUCCAACGCUAUUGGUGCUGAUAUAAAGGCUCGGGCUGAGGGUGUGCUGGCACGACUGCGGGACAUGGACGGCGAAGCUCACAAGCUAGAAGAAGAAUAUGGCUCCAAUUGUGCCGUCACACGUAUUGCCAGAACCCAAUAUGCUUGCCUCAGCAAUGGUUUCCGCGAUACCAUGUUUGACUAUAACGAGGCUGAGAUGAGCCAUCGGGAGAACUGUAAAGCCCAGAUCCAGAGGCAAAUGGAGAUAGUGGGACGUGAGGUGACCGGAGAGGAGGUGGAGGAGAUGAUUGAGAAAGGUCAGUGGAACAUCUUUAACGACAACAUAAUGGCUGAAGGUAAAACGGCUCGAUCAGCUCUGUCCCAGAUUGAGAAACGUCACCAAGAGUUGGUUGAUCUGGAGACCCGUAUCAACGGCAUCCAUGAGAUUUUCCUGGAUAUUGCCCUGCUGGUGGAGGAGCAAGGCCCCAUGCUGAACACCAUCCAAACCAACGUGCAGAAAACCGAUGAAGGCAUACAGGAGGCCCUCGUCAAACUUAACAGAGCCAAACGUCACGACAAGAACAACCCCUUUAAAAAGAUGUUCUGCAGCUGUUUCCCAUGUGUAGACUAAUGACUGUACAGUACAGAGAUUGGCAGCGGGAUAGCAAAAUAUGCGUUGUGCUGUCUCCAGACAAAGACAAGGACAUUUUAAAACCGUUAUUGUAUGUUUCAUUAGUGCAACAUUCUUAUUGUCACAAAGUCUUUAUCAACAUGGCCUGUGGAGCUAUAGAUAAUUAUACAAUUUCCAGGAUGUAAAACAAAGGUUUGAAGAGGAAGUUAAAACUGUUUUGUCUAGAUUGAGAGACAAAAAUGCUUGGGUAAAAUAUUUUACAAUUGAUGUCUGUUAUAUUUGUAUGAAAGGUUUGAAACUGGAAUCUCAAAUCUGAAUUAAUUCCCCCAUGACUCAGGUGUAAUGCAGAACUGAAGCAAAUGGUAUUUAUUGGUGUUCAUGUUUUGUCAUUGAAAAACCUAAACAAAAAAUGCAAUUUUCAGGCAUGCUGUCGGCCACGAUGGUUCCUGAUGUAGUAAACAGCCCUAAUAGUGAAGCCCAAAGAAACAUUAUGAUAUUCACGUUGUUCUCAUAUUUGCCAUCUCUUUUGAGGACCCCAGUAACUGAGGAGUGAUGGGAGUUUAAAUAGGAUUUAUUGACAGUCUUAAUGUUAUGCAGGGAUCACACAAAUCGUGUUUUGUGAUGUACCCUAAUCUGUUACUUUUCACUGCUAUUUUUAUGAAUAUAUGGACGAUAAUACCUUUCUUCUGUGGUGUCAUGUAUGUUACAUAAACAGUUAUAUUAAAAUCA